GCUGGUGGGUCCUCCCUGGUGGUGAUUGUGGCUAGGACUGCUGCUGCUGCCAGCGUGGUCGUUUCCGCUGUCCUCGCCUCCAGACUUGAGGUGCUCCGCAGCCUCGAUCGACUUCCGGUGCAUCCCUACGGGGCCACAGUCAAUCACUUUAACUUACCGAGGAGCCAGGGAGCGACAGACUCGUUUUCUUUGGCGCUCUUGAGUAUUGUCUCGGGAAGAGGCAAUGAAUGCCGCACCAUUGCUCCGUACAGACCGUACUCCGCCAUUAUGAUUCUAAAAUAUUUUAAU